AUGAAAUCUCUUUCGAUUUAUCUUUAUUCUUUACCGUAUGCAUUCGAUGUUGAUCCGGUUCCGAGCAACGUGUCGCAUCUCCAAACAAAAUCAACCUGUCCCACUGCGAAUCCGUCGUUUUCUUCUUAUUCAAUUCGUCAGGUUGAACGUGAAUCUUGGAUGUUCAAAGACCGAUCGGUGCCUCAAAUUCAAUUGAUGAACAUUGAACAACUGUCUGUCUCACUUCCAUUUGAUCAUCGAUUCUUGUCAGUUGUUCCGACCCUCUCCAACUUACGUUCACUUGUGAUGAAGGACUUUUCAGAAGAUGAUGGAUACGAUUUACAAGAUCUCCUUGAUCGUUUACCUUGUCUGGAAGAACUUGCAUUCGAUUCUUGGGCAACGGAGACGAUGCCACCUUAUUCUCUCUCGAGUUCGUCAAUUCAUCAAUUGCAUCUCGACGGAUGGGAUGAACUUAAUGAACGGAAUUUCUACACGAGUGAAGAAUGUCUCGAACUCGUUCACUCCCCAUUGGGUCGACAAUGUCGAGUCUUGACGAUUCGAGUCGACGCAAUAAAAUCUAUUUUUAUCUUAACUCUCACGAUGAGGAACCUUCGAACACUUUAUCUUCAAUCCGAUGGUGAAUAUCAACCUAAUGCAGAUGAUUUCAUCAAAGACCUCAAAGGACUGUUACCAACAAAGUGGCAUGUCAAUCGAGCUUCUUUUGGCGCUAUUCGUAUUCAAUCGUAA